AUGCACUUAUUGGGUUGGUUGACUUGCCUGCUUCUGGUGUGGAUUCAGUCGCCAGGUAUUGCUUCAUUUCACGCGCCGGAUCCGUUGAUUGUUGAAAUCCCAAAUGGAAAACUACGUGGAAAGGAUAAUGGCCCCUACUACAGCUUUGAGUCGGUGCCUUACGCAGAGCCUCCGAUCGGCGAACUUCGAUUCGAACCUCCACGUCCAUAUAGUCGUCCAUAUAGUGACACUUUUGAUGCCACCAAGCCACCUGUGCCCUGCAUGCAAUGGAAUCAAUUUAUCAGUGAAAGCAAUAAGCUAGUGGGUCAGGAGGAUUGCCUGACAGUUAGUAUUUACAAACCGAAGAGCAGCAGUCGGAAGAGGUUUCCUGUGGUCGUCCUACUCCACGGUGGUUGCUUCAUGUUCGGUGGUGCUUCAUCUAAUGGACACGAUUACAUCAUGCGCGCAGGAAAUUUAAUGCUGGUGAAAAUCAGCUACCGCCUUGGUCCUUUGGGCUUUGUGAGCACCGGAGAUCGGGAGUUGCCGGGCAACAACGGACUUAAGGAUCAACGAUUAGCUCUCCAAUGGAUCAAGCGCAACAUAGCAAACUUCGGGGGUCUUCCAGAGAAUAUCGUGGUCAUUGGUCAUUCUGCAGGCGGAGCAUCAGCACACAUGCAACUCCUCCAUGAAGAUUUCAGUGGAUUGGCCCGGGCGGCCAUAUCGGUGAGUGGAAAUGCCCUAGAUCCUUGGGUUGUCCAGGAAGGUGGUCGAGGACGAGCCUUUGAACUUGGUCGCAUUGUCGGCUGUGGGCUGGCUAAGGAAUCCGCCAUACUUAAGAGAUGUCUUAAGUCCAAGCCUGCCAGUGAAAUAGUGUCCGCUGUUAGCAGCUUCCUGGUGUUUUCAUACGUACCCUUUUCCACUUUUGGCCCUGUCGUGGAACCGGCAGAUUCUCCCGAAGCGUUUCUUACCCAGCACCCUAGAGAGAUAAUCAAGAGCGGAAAGUUUGCCCAAGUGCCCUGGGCUGUGACAUACACCACCGAAGAUGGUGGAUACAAUGCAGCCCUUCUAUUGGAACAAAAUCGUACCACUGGAGAGAUAUGGAUUGAUAAACUAAACGAUCGCUGGCAGGACUGGGCACCUUACUUGCUCUUUUAUCGAGAUUCGCAGAAGAGCAUCAGGGAUAUGGAUGAGUUGUCAAGAAAACUGAGACAGGAUUAUCUGGGAGAUCGACGAUUUAGUGAGGAAAGCUAUUGGGACGUGCAGCGGAUGUUUACAGAUAUCCUCUUCAAGAACAGCGUGCCGGAAACCUUAGAUCUGCAUCGCCGACAUGGAAAAAGUCCGCUGUACUCCUUUGUCUACGACAAUCCGGCAGUGUCUGCAGUCGGACAGUGGCUAUCAAAUCGCACGGAUGUGUAUUUCGGUUCUGUACACGGCGACGACUUUUUCUUAAUUUUCAAAGCUUCGAUACGAACAGUCAUUCGACCGGAUGAAGAGAUUAUUUCAGAAAACUUCAUGAAGAUGCUGGAGGUUUUUGCAUUUAGCGAUAAUGGAGAGUUGAUUUUUGGCAAUUGCCAUUUUAAGAAUAAUGUUAAUAAUGAGAAAUUUCAGGUGUUGAGAAUAACAAGAAAUGGUUGCACAAACGAGGAAUACUAUCAGUUCCCUUAA